GCAUCACUUGGUCAUGUGAUUGAUGCAAAAUCGUUUUCGUGAAAAUAAAAUCAAUAAAGUGAAAAUUAUUUAAUUUAACUAAUUUAACGAUGACAUACUUACCUUUUUUCGUCUUUACUGGAAUCUUUGCUAUCGUUGGCAUCGUCCUUCCCAUCGUUGCUCCAAAAGGACCCAAUAGAGGAAUCGUUCAGUGUGUCCUCAUACUCACGGGAGCGUGUUGCUGGUUGUUCUGGCUUUGUUGCUAUAUGGCUCAAAUGAAUCCAUUGAUUGGACCAAAAUUGCAUCAGAACACAAUUCUCAUUAUGGCUAGAGAAUGGGGAAAUAUGAUCAAUUUGACAGAGACAAUCGAGCCUCAUGCUGUUGGUCAUUAAACAAAUAACAUCGUGCAUGCAUCAAUCAUCCAGAAAUCAUUAUAUAUCUUGAUAUAUGAAACUUAUUUGUGAAAAAUUAUAGUGUAAAUUGCUAGGUGUUAAAAUAUACAUAUGUGCAAGCAUCAGACUUAACACGAUUAUUAUAUGUCAGGAUAAUCGACAUUGAUUUAAUUUAUUUUUGAUUAAAACUGUAUAAAUGUUUUUUGUGUUUGAAAACCGUACAAAUAUCAAGUUUCCAUCGGGAAUUGUAUGGUUUUAUGUUGGUUUGUAAAACAUUUGAAUGGUUUUUCACAAAACCGUUAAAAUCAUCCCGCAAAAAUAUGUAAAAUAUAAUUUAAUUUAUCUUCUUUCCAUUUUCAUGAUCGUUUCAUUAGUUAAAUAACUUUGAAAAAUCGUUUCAAAUGAUUCCAAAUAUGUUCACUGUAAUUAUAAAGAAAGGCAUAAAUUAAUAUAAAAGUUAAUAAAAAAUAUGUUUAAAAAUCAA